GGAAUGAUAAACGGCCUACAUUUCCCAGCAUGCUGUUAGCAAAUUGUCACAACAAACCUCGGUACCCUUAUUAAAAACCGUGUCAUUCAUAACAAUAAGACAUGUUGACCUAUGGCCACACUGGAAUGGAAACAUUUGCGCUAAAUCACUGAGGUCCUGUUUACAAAGACGCACAAUGAGCCAUUUUGUGUUGUUACGAUUACACAGUGGAGAACACCGCAGAGCUCUUCUUCCCCUCUGUCGUUCUCUUACAUGGCGAGCACUGAGCUCUCUAUCUAUCAGCCACAGCUUAAGAGAAAGCUACCGUCUGCUGCAGCUGCCAGAUGAUGGAGCCAGUAGCCCUGCAGAGGUGAAAGAGGCUUACCUACGCAUGGCCAAGCUCUACCAUCCUGAUUCCGGCACUCCCACGGCAGACGCAGCUUUAUUUUCCCAGGUAGAGGAGGCUUAUAGGGCCGUCCUAACGCACAUGGCACGGCAGAGAUCAACCUCCCAGUACACUCAACAAAUGCAGGAGGAUGAAGAGGAAGAUAAGGUUAAAGGUCAGGCUCCUCAACACAGACACUACCUCAGUUUUGAAGGCAGGGGUUCAGGAACCCCAAGCCAACGGGAAAGGCAAUACAGGCAGUUCCGCAUUGACCGCGCAACCGACCAGGUCCUGGAGUAUAGACGCAAGGAGAUGGAGAAGGCGGCAGCGGACGAGGGUGCCAUGGUGACCCGGGAUGCACGCUUGCGCAGCAAGCAAGUCAAAAUCACCCAGGCGGUGGAGAGGUUGGUGGAGGACCUCAUCCAGGAGUCCAUGGCCCGCGGAGACUUCAAGAACCUCAGUGGAACCGGCAAACCGAUCAACAAGUUCGACCAUAACCCUUACAUGGAUCCCAUGACGCACAACCUCAACAGAAUCCUCAUUGACAAUGGGUACCAGCCCGAGUGGAUUGUCACACAGAAGGAAAUCAGGGAAACCAUCGAAAAAAUGAGGGCGAGGUUGCAGGAGGUCAGGGCCAGGCUUGGCGAACCAAUGAGGCACUCGGAAGUCCUCCAGUGGAAAGAGCACUGUGCGGUGUUUGCUGAUGAGCUGGUGAAACUGAACAAAAAAGUGGAUAAUUUUAACCUGAUUGUGCCUCUCAUGAAUAGGCAGAUGGUGCAUUUUAGUCUGAAAAGAGAGGUGGAGAAAAUACUGAAAACUGACAAGCUGUUAAGGCCGCAGAAGGAAAGCGAGAAAGAAGGAAAGCAGAUGGAAGAGAUAAAGACGUCUCAGCACAUCAGACAAGGUCUCAUCACAUGGAUGCAGAAUUUUCUAAAAUGAGAUGCAUUUAAAAUAUAAAAAUAACAUUUUACAAUAAGGUUGUACAUAAGUAAAUGUGUUAGUUAACAUGAUCUAAUGUUAUUUAUUAAUGUUAGUUAUAGUUAAUGCCAAUACAGCUGUUCGUGCAAGUUUAUUGUGCAUUAACUAAUGUUAACAGAGAGCCAAUAACUUGUAAUUAUUAGUAUUAGUAAAUGCUGAAAUUAAAGGAAAACACCACCUUUUUCAAUAUUUUAAUUUGUUCUUACCUCAACUUAG